CCGACCCGAGUGCGCUCGGCUAUUUCCGCCUGGAGGCGGGCCGGGCGGCUUGGAGCCGCGGCGACGGCGGCUGACGCAGGGAUCCCGCGGCUGCGGCGACAGCGGCGGCAGUGGUGGUAGCGACGACGGCCGCAACUGGGCUGGUGUCCCUGCUGAGCAUGGUAGCAGCCCGUGGUCUGGGUCUCCUCAUCUGCUGUCAGGCACUUUCUGAAGAGCCAGCCAGCUUGGAUACCCACAGCUUGGCUCAUGACGGAGUGAUCCGCCUGUCCAAGCCCAGCCAUUUGAUGGCGGAUACCAGCUGAAUGAUCUGAGAGAACACCAGAGACAUCCUCGCACAGGUGACUGAAUGGUGGACUCUGUGACAAGUGGCUUUUGGUAAUGGCCAGCUAGGCAUGUGCGGCCCCUGAGGUCGCCUGUGACUUCGGAAGUAGAGAUCUGCAAGCCUAUCACAAGGCCUGCCUUAGCCCAUGGGGCCUCUGGAGCCCCCGGGAGCCACGUGACUGUCCAGACACCCCCAGGCCCAGCCAUGGCAGGGGCUGAGGGCUUCCAGUACAGGGCUGUGUACCCAUUCCGCCGGGAGCGGCCUGAGGACCUGGAGCUGCUCCCUGGAGACCUCCUGGUGGUGAGCCGGGUGGCCCUGCAGGCCCUGGGCGUGGUGGACGGAGGAGAGCGCUGCCCACACACCGUGGGCUGGAUGCCGGGCUUCAACGAGCGCACCCGGCAGCGAGGGGACUUCCCGGGAACCUAUGUGGAGUUCCUAGGACCCGUGGCCCUGGCUCGACCAGGCCCUCGCCCACGAGGCCCCCGUCCUGUGCCUGCCAGGCCCGUGGAUGGGCCCUCAGAGUCAGGCCUCACACUGGCAGACCUGUCCGAGCAGUUCUCCCCACCUGACCCUGCUCCCCCCAUUCUGGUGAAGCUGGUAGAAGCCAUCGAGCAAGCAGGGCUGGACAGUGAAUGCUACUGUAAGCCGGAGCUGCCCGCACCUCGGACAGACUGGUCCCUGAGUGACUUGGAACAGUGGGACCGCACCUCCCUGUACGAUGCUGUCAGGGGCUUCCUGCUGGCUCUGCCUACAGCCGUGGUGACGCCUGAGGCCGCGACAGAGGCAUACCGGGCGCUGCGGGAGGCUGUGGGUCCAGUGGGGCCCGUGCUGGAACCGCCGACGCUGCCACUGCACCAGGCGCUCACGCUGCGGUUCCUGCUGCAGCACCUGGGCCGAGUGGCCCGCAGAGCGCCUGCGCCGGGCACAGCUGUUCGUGCACUGGCCAGUGUCUUCGGGCCUCUGCUGCUGCGCACGCCUCCGCCUCCCCCGGGGCUCGAUGCUGAUGGGAGCGAGCCUGCGCGGGACUUGCCCCUGCUGCUCCUGGAGAGGCUGGUGCAGGAGCAGGUGGACGAGCAGGACGCCGCCCCCCCAGCACUGCCACCAAAGCCACCCAAGGCCAAGCCGGCCCCCACCGCCGUGGCCAAUGGUGGGAGCCCACCUUCACUUCAGGAUGCCGAGUGGUACUGGGGGGACAUCUCCAGGGAAGAGGUGAAUGAGCGGCUCCGGGACACCCCUGACGGCACCUUCUUGGUCCGAGAUGCAUCCAGCAAGAUCCAGGGAGAGUACACGCUCACCCUCAGGAAAGGCGGGAACAACAAGCUGAUCAAAGUCUUCCACCGGGACGGCCACUAUGGCUUCUCAGAGCCCCUCACCUUCUGCUCUGUGGUAGAGCUCAUCUCCCACUACCGCCAUGAGUCACUGGCCCAGUACAACGCCAAGCUAGACACGCGUCUCCUCUACCCCGUGUCCAAGUACCAGCAGGACCAGGUGGUGAAGGAGGACAGCGUCGAGGCUGUGGGUGCCCAGCUCAAGGUCUACCACCAGCAGUACCAGGACAAGAGCCGAGAGUACGACCAGCUCUAUGAGGAGUACACCCGGACCUCACAGGAGCUCCAGAUGAAGCGCACAGCCAUAGAGGCCUUCAACGAGACCAUCAAGAUCUUCGAGGAGCAGGGCCAGACACAGGAAAAGUGUAGCAAGGAGUAUUUGGAGCGCUUCCGGCGAGAGGGCAAUGAGAAGGAGAUGCAGAGGAUCCUGCUGAACUCUGAGAGGCUCAAGUCUCGGAUUGCGGAAAUCCAUGAGAGCCGCACGAAGCUGGAGCAGGACCUGCGGGCGCAGGCCUCAGACAACCGUGAGAUUGACAAGCGCAUGAACAGCCUCAAGCCCGACCUCAUGCAGCUGCGCAAGAUCCGGGACCAGUACCUUGUGUGGCUCACCCAGAAAGGUGCCCGACAGAGGAAGAUCAACGAGUGGCUGGGAAUCAAGAACGAGACUGAGGACCAGUAUUCACUGAUGGAGGAUGAGGACGCCCUCCCCCACCACGAGGAGCGCACGUGGUACGUGGGCAAGAUCAACCGCACGCAGGCAGAGGAGAUGCUGAGCGGCAAGCGGGACGGGACCUUCCUCAUCCGGGAGAGCAGCCAGCGGGGCUGUUACGCCUGCUCCGUGGUGGUGGAUGGCGACACGAAGCACUGCGUUAUCUACCGCACGGCCACGGGCUUCGGCUUCGCGGAGCCCUACAACCUCUACGGGUCCCUGAAGGAGCUGGUGCUGCACUACCAGCACGCAUCCCUCGUGCAGCAUAACGACGCGCUCACCGUCACCCUCGCGCACCCCGUGCGUGCCCCUGGGCCCGGCCCACCACCCACCGCCCGCUGAGCCGCCCCCACCUCGCCUGCCUCCCUGGCCGUGCCCGGCUCCGAACCCCCUCCCCCAGUGAACACUCGCAGGAGGCCGACCUCCCUCUGUGCCUGCCAUGUUUACAGAGGCUGCUGGGCCACCAGCCCGGGCGCCCCGGGUCUUUAAGCCAUAGCCUCCGGGUCAGGAAGGAACUGCGCUGGGUGGUUUCCAGGAACUCGGGCCUGCACAUUCGGGGUCGGGCGGGACCCGCCCCGCGGACCCCAACUUCCCCACUUAAGGUUGAAGUGAAACCAGCCAUGGGGGUUACCCCGCAGCUGCCGAGAAGCCCCCUCCCCCCCUAAGGCAGAAUUGGAACUCUGGCCCAGGCCCUGCGAUGUUCUCCCAACUGUGCAAUCACCUCUUUGGGACAAGGGCCCUGGUGUGUCCCUGAGCCUGGACCCCACACCUGCCCAGGGCUAAGGGCACCAGGUUUUUUCGGUACGUUUAUUGAUACAAAUAUGAAACAUUGUACCUGUCAACUUUG